AUAAGAUACAUUUGUCAACACGACAUGCACUGCAAGCUGCAUAUUCGCCUACGCGACUACGCGACAACGCGACCUGUGGAAGACUGUCGAGCUCCAUACGUUUGGAAACAAGCUAAACACUAUGUCAAAAGGUGCGAGGAAGUAAGAUAUACGUAGAUAUAUGUCUUGAUAUCAUCAACCUUUUCGCUAAGCCCGAGAAUGUCCCUAACAGUAUUCCAUAUCUCUCGAAUUGAAAACGAGGAAGCACUUCAUAAGGGUUGUAAAUCAUUGAAUCUACACAGCCAGUACACCACAGGCCCGCUGUUGUAGGUCGGGGCAUCUCGGAAACCUGAAUUACAGAAUUCCUGUGUACAAGGGACGCUACCAGCAUGUCAAACAGUGAUAACAACGACCUUGAGGAAAUCCAGUACAAGCAGGAUGACAAGACCGCUAAAAAGAAGUGCAUCCGCAUCUUGAAAGAAAUGGAGUUCCGCUGCAUGAACUCGGCAAUCAUGAACUACGAGUUGUCCAGUCACUAUGACAACCUCCAGUUCCGCGUGUCCGUCUUUUCAAGCAUCGCCGCAGGAAUCAUUACCUUGCCCGCCUCCAAGGUCAUCCCCGCCGCCCAGGCCAUGACGAGUUUGGGGUCAAAGGUCACAAAACUGGGAAUGGUGGGACUGCUCUGUGCUUCUGCCGCCGCUGUUGCCUAUUCACAGGCGGCAGAAUACCUCCUACCGAGUUUAAAACGGAAGAUGAGGGACUACAACAAGGCAGGGGCCGGGUGGCAGAGGCUUGAACUGAAUAUUCGAGGUUUUCUCGCGUCCUCUACGGUGGACCAGACGACAGUUUGCGAGUACCGGGCAUUCAUAGAACAGUGUGGAGAAAAACGGGAAGAAAUUUGUAACAUCGCUCGCCCCGAGGAGUGGAGUUAUAAAAAGUAUAACGAAACAUGUAGUUACGUGAUUGAUAGGUACAGAAGAAGGAAUCAGUGGCACAUGGAAUUCCGGAAGUUGCAGAAAGUGGUGGAUGCAAUGGAGAAAACUGGGUAGACUGGUUCCCGGUCGUUCCUGCGACAGAUUGGGAAGGCAGAGAAGCGGUACGAACUGGAAGAUCCAGGAACCAGUCUACAAAGAUACCAGAUCUUAACAUUAGCAGCAUUAUUCAUUUAAUAUCGUAUAGUGUUGAACUAUGAAUUUGACUUUUACAAAAUGCUUCAAUUAUUUUGAUUUUAUUGGCUGUUAUUGCUUUUUGUGCGAUGUCUUACGCCUACGCCAUUUUCUUCGUUCAUAAAUAUGUUACUUGUUCUGUCCAACAUUGGUGAUGGUAAAAAGAAAACGAUGUACCAAAUUAAUAUAUAUCUGGGCCCCGUUUCACAAGCUCUCGUAGCGCUACGACUGUCGUAAGUCAAUGUUACAGUAUAGGAAGUACGAAUGCUACGAGAAAGUGUUACGAGAUCUUAGGCUAACGAGAGCUUUGUGAAACGGGACCCUGAUCUUUGAUCCAGCUGGUUCUGCAUGUGGCUUUGUCCUGAUUACUAAACCCGUGAAUAUCCGGGUUAGAAUUGAUCUUCAGUAACCCAUGCUUGUCGCAAGAGGCGAGUAACGGGAUUGAGUGGCCAAGCUCGCUGACUUGGUUGAGAUAUGUAAUCGUAUCCCAAUU